GGGCGUAGGCGCACGCGGGGCCGGUGGCGGCGGCGGCUCCUGUCGGCCAUGCCCAAGGCCCGGCGGCCGCGGGGCUCCGGCCCCGGCUCUGCCUUACCCUUGGCCGAGCAGAUCCUUCAGGAGGCGGCCCCGCGGCCCACGGCGCGGGGGAAGCGGCGCGGCGGCGAGGAGGAGAAGGAGGAUGACGAUGGUUACGUGGACGCCCGGUUGUCCCGGCGCAUCCUGCAGCAGGCCCGACGGCAGCAGGAGGAGCUGGAGGCCGAGCACGGCCCCGGAGCGCCCGCCGUCCCCUCCAAGAAGCGCAGCACGGCGCUGGGCCCCACGGGUGGUGGCUCCGGCUCGGAGGGGGAGGAGGAGGAUGAGGAUGAAGAGUGGCCCUCCUUGGAGAAGGCGGCAGCGAUGGCAGCCGGGAGAGGGGAGUACUGCGGGGAGGUGGUGGUGGACCCCGAGGACGAGGCGGCCAUCGAGAUGUUCAUGAACAAGAACCCGCCGCUGAGGCGCACGCUGGCCGACAUCAUCAUGGAGAAGAUCACGGAGAAGCAGACAGAGGUGGAGACGGCGCUGUCCGAGAUGUCGGGCUGCCCCAUGGCCCAGCUCGACCCCCGCGUCCUGGAGGUCUACAGGGGCGUCAGAGAGGUGUUGUCCAAAUACAGGAGCGGGAAACUCCCCAAGGCAUUUAAAAUCAUUCCUGCCUUGUCCAACUGGGAGCAGAUUCUCUACAUCACGGAGCCGGAGACGUGGACAGCAGCCGCCAUGUACCAGGCCACCAGGAUAUUCUCAUCCAACCUGAAGGAGAGGAUGGCCCAGAGGUUCUACAACCUGGUGCUGCUGCCGCGGGUCAGGGAUGACAUCGCCGAGUACAAGCGCCUCAAUUUUCACCUCUACAUGGCUUUGAAGAAGGCUCUGUUCAAGCCGGCGGCCUGGUUCAAAGGGAUCCUCAUCCCCCUGUGUGAGUCAGGGACCUGCACGCUGCGGGAGGCCAUCAUCAUCGGCAGCAUCCUCACCAAGUGCUCCAUCCCCGUCCUCCACUCCAGCGCGGCCAUGCUGAAGAUCGCUGAGAUGCAGUACAGCGGCGCCAACAGCAUCUUCCUCCGCCUCCUCAUCGACAAGAAGUACGCCCUGCCCUUCCGCGUGGUGGAUGCCCUCGUCUUCCACUUCCUGGCCUUCCGCACGGACCAGCGGGUCCUGCCCGUGCUGUGGCACCAGAGCUUCCUGGCCUUCGCCCAGCGCUACAAGGAGGACCUUUCCUCGGAGCAGAAGGAGGCUUUGCUGGAGCUGCUCAAGUUCCACAGCCACCCGCAGAUCUCCCCGGAGAUCCGGAGGGAGCUGAUGAACUCCAAGACACGGGACGUGGAGGGGCAGCAGCCGGUGGCCAUGGAGUGCCAGGGAGAGGUGGAGGAAAGCUGACCUGCUCCUGGGACACUGCUGAGCACAGCUGGGAGCUGGUGGGUGAGCGGAGCCGUGUGGGACCAUCCAUCCCGGGAUCCUGCAGGUGCUGGGAACAGGUUGUGCCCUUAGACCUGGACUGUGCUCCCUGUCACGGGGCAGGACACCCCUGUCCCACCCCGGAACCUGCUGCCACCAGCCCCGGGAGGGUUUGGCCUGUUCCUGUAUUGGAAAAUAAAACCCCAGCUGAGUCCAUCA